AUGAGUCAACGUCGUUGGCUGGAAUUGAUUAAGGAUUAUGACUGUACGAUUGAGUAUCAUCCCGGUCGAGCUAAUGUGGUAGCUGAUGCACUGAGUAGGAAUGUUGGUGGGAGUUUACCUCAUCUCAGAAUGGCCUAUCUUCCGUUAUUGGUAGAACUGCGGAAGGAUGGUGUGGAUUUGGAAAUGACUCAUCAGGGAGGACUGCUUGCUAGUGUGCAUGUGAGGCCUAUUCUGGUUGAGCAAGUGAUUGCAGCCCAGUUGGAAGAUCCUAAUCUUUGUGUGAUAAGGUCGGAAGUAGAGAGUGGUACACGGAUGGAUUAUGCAAUAAGAAAGGACGGAGCUUUGGUGACUGGAACUCAUCUUUGUGUACCUAAGAACAAUGAUGACUUGAGAAGAGAAAUCAUGGAAGAAGCUCACUGUUCCACUUACUCUAUGCAUCCUGGUAGUACUAAGAUGUAUCGGACUCUACGUGAGUACUACUCGUGGCCGCAUAUGAAGGGAGAUAUUGCUAAGUAUGUGAGCAGAUAUUUGAUUUGUCAACAAGUGAAAGCGAAACGGCAGAAACCAUCUGGACUUAUGCAACCACUUCCGAUCCCUGAAUGGAAGUGGGAGCUUAUCACAAUGGACUUCGUUUUCAAACUUCCAUGUACUUCCAAAGGGCAUGAUGGAAUUUGGGUGAUAGUUGACCGACUCACCAAAUCUGCCCAUUUUCUACCUAUAAAGGAAACCUAUUCCUUGUCAAGGCUGGCAAAACUCUUUGUGGAUGAGAUCGUGAGGUUGCACGGAGCUCUUGUGUCUAUUGUAUCGAACAGGGAUGCAAGUACUGCUUUCCACCCACAGACUAAUGGACAGUCGGAAAGAACCAUUCAGACCUUGGAAGACAUGUUGAGGUCUUGUGCAUUACAGCUGAAAGAUAAUUGGGAUACUCACCUUGCUUUGGUGGAGUUUGCUUAUAACAACAGUUAUCAUUCGAGCAUUGAGAUGGCUCCGUAUGAGGCUCUGUAUGGGAGGAUGUGUAGAACUCCUGUUCGUUGGAAUAAAGUGGGUGACAAGAAAGUGGAAAAGGUAGACAGUAUCCGAGCCACAACUGAGAAGGUGAAGAUGAUCAGAGAGAAGUUGAAAACCGCACAAGACCGACAGAAGAGUUAUGCGGAUAACAAGUCCAAGGAUCUUGAGUUUGUAGUUGGAGAUUGGGUGUUCUUGAAGCUAUCUCCAUGGAAGGGUGUGAUGAGGUUCGAGCUAUCCCGGAUCCAUGACGUGUUUCAUGUGUCCAUGUUACGGAAGUACAUGCCUGAUCCUUCCCAUGUUCUGGAGCACCAACCUAUGGAGUUGAGUGAAGAUUUGACGUACGAGGAGCAACCUAGGCUACUUGGGAACCCGAGGCGCAGAUGCGGGCCGAAUACCCUUAUGUCUUCAAUUGAUAGAAUUGCCCUUAAGGUGAGGGUGGCUCUAAGAAGAAUUCGUAGACAGGCGGCAGACUUGAAUCGGAGUUAUAACGAAGCUUUGGCGAUCAAAUUACCUUCGGUGGCAAAACCGUAA